AUGGAGAGGGGAAACCAAACCAGCAUAUCAGAAUUCCUCCUCCUGGGACUGUCUGUCCGGGCAGAGCAGCAGCAGCUCCUCUUUGUGCUGUUCCUCUGGAUGUACCUGCUUGGGGUCUUGGGGAGCCUGCUCAUCAUCCUGGCCAUUGCCUCCGACCGGCACCUGCACACCCCCAUGUACUUCUUCCUCACCAACCUCUCCCUGGCUGAUGUCUGCUUUCUGUCCACCACGGUCCCCAAGAUGCUGAUCAACGUCCAGACCCAGGAUAAAUCCAUAUCCUAUGCUGGCUGCUUGGCACAGAUGUAUUGUUUUAUGCUGUUUUCAUGUCUGGACAGUUUUCUCCUCACUGGGAUGGCUUUUGACCGCUACGUGGUCAUAUGCCACCCCCUCCACUACACCUCAAUCAUGAGCCCACAGCUCUGUGCCUGGACAAUUGUGGUGUCCUGGAGCAUCGGUAGCCUUGAUGCCCUCUUACAUACCCUAAUGGUGGUUCGAUUAUCAUUCUGCGGGAACCAAACCAGCAUCUCGGAAUUCCUCCUCCUGGGACUGUUUGACUGGGUGGAGCAGCGGCAGCUCUUCUUCGGGCUGUUCCUCUGGAUGUACCUGCUUGGGGUCCUGGGGAACCUGCUCAUCGUCCUGGCCGUCGGCUCCUACCCGCACCUGCACACCCCCAUGUACUUCUUCCUCAUAAACCUCUCCCUGGCUGAUGCCUGUCUAUUAUCUAACACAAUGCCCAAGAUGUUGGCCAACCUCCUGACCCAAGAUAAAUCCAUAUCGUAUGCUGGCUGCCUGGCCCAAAUGUUUUUUUUCCUUCUCUUUGUAGGUCUAGACCAUUUCCUCCUCGUCGGGAUGGCUUGUGAUCGCUAUGUGGCUAUAUGCCACCCCCUCCACUACACCACCAUCAUGAACCCACGCCUCUGUGCACUCAUCGUUGUUGGGUCCUGGAGUGUCAGUAGCCUUGAUGCCCUGGUUCACACAUUAUUGGUGGUUCCGUUAUCUUUCUGUACAGACAAUGAAAUCCUUCACUUUUUCUGUGAGUUUAAUCGGGUCCUAAAGCUUUCCUGCACAGACACUUUGAUCAAUGAUGUAUUGCGGUAUGUGCUGACCAUUAUGUUGGGUAUUAUUCCCUUUUUGGGUAUCAUUUUCUCUUACACCCGCAUCAUAACCACCAUAAUAAGAGUCCCAUCUGCCAAAGGAAGAUAUAAAGCUUUCAACACCUGUUGCUCACAUCUAUCAGGGGUCUCCUUAUUCUAUGGCACUGGUUUAGGGGUCUACCUCAGCCCCGUAUAUACCCAAGCAUCACAGAAAGGCUCGAUAGCCUCUGUGAUGUACACGGUGGUCACCCCCAUGCUGAACCCCUUCAUCUACAGCCUGAGGAACAGAGACAUGAAAGAGGCUCUGAGAAAUGUGUUCAGAGGGAAAACUGUCUUCAUGCAAAGACUGUGA